AUGGUGUCGAUCUAUACUUUGACUCUAAGUUCUCUUGACCAUCCAACUUACCAAAUCAUGUUCUCAACGCAUCAACCCCCAACAAGUCAAUCAACAGGUGACCCCAGUAUGGCUCCCGGUUCAAAAACAGUCUUACCAAACACGAUAGCUCCCCCAACGUUUGUUCGGGAAAUAGUACCAUCCCAAUGUUUGCCACCACCACCACGACCUCCAUACCAUCCAUACAACCCUUACAUGUUGCCUGUUCCCGACUACUGGCCCCCACACCCACACCCAGACUUUAGUUAUCACCAUGAUACCUCAGCCAACGAGGCGAUUAGUGAGGACCCUCAUCGUUUCCCAAACUCUCAUAACUGGCGAUAUUACCAACCUCAACCUUAUCCUUACAUGUAUCAUCCACCUCCUUCACAUCAUGGCCAGUACCCAUCAAGUUUUCGUCCGAGCACUCAUCAUCUUACUCACAUCACGCCUCAAAGCCGUACUUCCGAGGUCGAACAACCAGCUACCCCUUCCACAAAUUCCAGCAUCACUCCAGCAGACGACGUUGUUCCCAACCUUACUUCAAACUUGAAUCAAGACCCUAUAGUUCCGAAUCACGAUCCUAAAGUACCAGCUCAAGAUCCUAUAGUUCCGAUUGAAGAUCCUAUAGUUCAAAUCCAAGAUCCUAUAGUUCAAAUUCAAGAUCCUAUUGUUCCAGCUGUUGUUAUUCAAAACCUUACAGAAGCCGAAAAAGACAUCGAUGACGAAGAAGAGGAGUAUAUUGACAUCCAAGCUGAGCGUGAUGAGGAUUGGCCUCCUAUCGGUUGGUCAUUUCAUUUAGCUUGA